CCAUUCAGGCUUUGGUAUCGGGGAGGGGGCACAGGGCCAGGCAGACCCACAGGACUUUGGCUCCAUCUCUACAAAAGGGCCCUCUGUGAGUCAGCCUGCUCCCCUCCAGGCUUGCUCCUCCCCCAUCCAGCUCCUGUUUCCGAUGCACGUACAGCCCGUACACACCGUGUCUGGGACACCCCACAGUCAGCCACAUGGCUCCCCUGUGCCCCAGACCCUGGCUCCCUCUGUCGAUCCCAGCCCCUUCUCCGGGCCCUGCCCUGCAACUGCUGCUUGCACUGCUGCUCCUGGUGCCUGCCCAUGCCCAGAGCCUGUCUCGUAUACAGGGGACGCCUGGGUUGGGAGGAGAUUCAUCUGGGGAAGAUGAUCAACUGGACGGGGAAAAGCUACCCAGUGAAGAGGACCCACCCGGAGACGAGGACCCACCGGGAGAGCAGGACCCAUCUGGAAUGAAGACUGAACCAGGAAAAGAGGACUCUCUGAAGUUAGAGGAUCUGCCUACUGUUGAGGCACCCAGGGACCCCCAAGGCUCCCAGAAUAAUGACUACAGGCACAACAAAGGGGAUGACCACAGUCAUUGGCGCUAUGGAGGCGACCCGCCCUGGCCCCAGGUGUCCCCAGCCUGCGCAGGCCGCUUCCAAUCGCCGGUAGAUAUCCGCCCAGAGCUCGCUGCAUUCUGCCGGGCUCUGCAACCCCCCGAACUCCUGGGCUUUGAGCUCCCGAAACUCCCAGAACUGCGCCUGCGCAACAAUGGCCACACGGUGCAGCUGACUCUGCCGCCGGGGCUGGAGAUGGCCCUGGGUCCCGGGCGGGAGUACCGGGCCCUGCAGUUGCAUCUGCACUGGGGGGCUGCGGGUCGCCCGGGCUCGGAGCACACGGUUGACGGCCACCGUUUCCCAGCCGAGAUCCAUGUGGUUCACCUCAGCACUGCAUUUGCCAAAGUUGAUGAAGCCUUGGGGCGCCCCGGGGGGCUGGCCGUGUUGGCCGCCUUUCUGCAGGAGGGUCCAGAAGAAAACAGUGCCUAUGAGCAGUUGCUGUCACAUUUGGAAGAAAUUACUGAGGAAGACUCAGAGACUUGGGUCCCUGGCCUGGAUGUAUCUGCGCUGCUGCCCUCUGACCUCAGCCGCUACUUCCGCUAUGAGGGGUCUCUAACCACACCCCCCUGCGCCCAGGGGGUCAUCUGGACUGUGUUCAACCAGACAGUGAGGCUGAGUGCAAAGCAGCUCCACACCCUCUCUGGCUCCCUGUGGGGACCCGAUGACUCACGGCUACAACUGAACUUCCGAGCAACACAGCCUUUGAAUGGGCGAAUAAUCGAGGCCUCCUUCCUCACUGAAACAGAGGGCAGCCCCAGGACUGUUGAGCCAGUCCACCUGAAUUCCUGCCUUGCUGCUGGUGACAUCCUGGCCCUGGUUUUUGGCCUCCUCUUUGCAGUCACAAGCAUCGCCUUCCUUGUGCAAAUGAGAAGGCAGCAAAGACUCCGAAGUGGGACCAAAGGAAAUGUUAGCUACCACCCAGCAGAGGUCACGGAGACUGUUGCCUAGAGGACUUGGAACUUGGAGAAUGUGCAGAGAAGCCAGCCAGAAGAAUCUGAGGGGGAGCUGGAGACUUUGUCCUGUCCUACCCUUUAUACCACUUUCUUUUUAAGGGCCAAAUGUUUUUUAAAAUAAAUGUUAAUAAAAUAUAUGGAAG